AACAUUUGAAAUUGAAUGAAUCGGAUUGCAUGUUUGCUACAGGAUUUAAAAACGUAGUUGCCGAAGAUUUAUCCAAACGAUUUUUAAUGAAAGAAGAAGAUUUAGAUGACAUACCGGUGAAUGUAUCACAAAUGGGAAGUCUGCUCGAUCCUAGAUAUAAAAAUCUCAAUUUUGAACCAUCCGAGCAAAUUAAAAUCCGUAUUCGAGCAACUGUGCGAUCGAAAAUAUCAUCGGUUUUGACGACUGCAGACGGUAGUAACAUUCAAAUUGUAAAACCAACAAUCUUAGACGAGCUAAUGGGCCACUUUUUUGAGGAUGAUGAAGACGAAUUUACUCGGUAUUUGUCAGAACCACAAAUUAACCAUAAUGAGAAUCCUUCUUUGUGGUGGAAAUCACGUGAAAAUAUAUAUCCCACUGUGUCGAUUUUAGCAAAAAGCAUAUUAUGCAUUCCCGCUUCAUCAGCAUCGUCUGAACGCGUAUUUUCGACAGCUGGGAAUAUUAUAACACCAAAGCGAAAUAGAAUGACUCCUUACCAUUUAUCAGCUUUGGUGUUUUUGAAAAACGCGCUUUAAAAUGACCAAAUUUAUUAUUAUUAUUAUUAUUAUUAUUAUUAUUAUUAUUAUUAUUAAAAAAUUGAAAA